CUGCUAGUGAUCCUGGGUAGAAUCCUGGUUUCCUUUCGGUACAAAUUACCAAAGCUCUUUAAUUCCGUGAACAAACGUCAAUUGCGGGAACAAAAGAGGGUGAAAAAAAGUCAUCCCCAAUAUAUUAUCGCCACAGGAGGGGGGAGAAGUGAAAUUGUGUUGUGCACGGCGAAAGCCAGAGCUUGGCCAACCAUCAAGCAGUGAUUGUGCUGGAUCAAGUGCUGCAAAACUUGAUUUCUUUCUCCCGAACUGGACUUGAAAAGGCCUACGCAAGCAUCAAACGCAAUCCCCCCACGAAGGUUCGAGUUUUUGUCUCGUCGUCGUCGGUACGUGGCGCUGCUAGGGAGGUGCGCGGUGGGAAGGAUCCGAACUUUGUCGAACCAACCAGAGCUGUCCCCUCGUCACCAUGAGUCUGUUCGGAGCAUCAUCUUCACUCAACCAGGAUAUAGAAAAAGCCACCAGCGAAAAUAGUACGACCGAAAACUGGGGCCUCAUCUUGGACAUAUGCGAUCGAGUUAACAACGGAUCGGCAACUCCGAAAGAUUGCCUCAAGUCCAUCGUAAAAAAAUUAAACUCUCCGAAUCCACAUGUAGUGAUGAAGGCUAUUACGCUGCUCGAUGCAUGCGUCAAUAAUUGUGGCAAACAGUUCCAUCUGGAGGUGGCCUCACGGGAGUUUGAAACGGAGUUUAAAAAGCUUUUGCAAAAAAGCCAACCCAAAGUGAACACGAAACUGAAGCUCACGCUUAAACAAUGGUCCGAGAAAGUGUUCAAGUCUGAUCCACAACUCGAUCUAAUACCAUCGCUGUACAAGAAGCUGCGUGAAGAAGGGCACGAUUUCAGUGACCCUUCGGCGACACCAAAGCGCGAAACGACGCUCAGCAAAGACCCGAACGUCGUCUCUAGUCAGCAAGAGGAGGAUGACAUUGCGAAAGCCAUCGAGCUGUCGCUAAAGGAAGUAAAAAUAAACCAAUCGCCUAAAAUGCUGUCAUCCUCUGGCACGACUUCCUCGUCGUUGUAUCCUUCCGCGUUGUUAUCUGCUGCACCUGUGCCUGAACCGAGAAAGGUGCGCGCAUUGUACGACUUUGAGGCGGCGGAAGACAAUGAACUAACGUUUCAGGCGGGCGAAAUCAUCAUGGUCUUGGACGACUCGGAUCCAAACUGGUGGAAGGGCCAGAACCAGCGCGGCGAGGGUCUUUUUCCAUCGAAUUUUGUGACCGCAGACCUUUCGGUGGAGCCGGAAACGCUAAACACCGUCACGACCCAGGGGGCGAAGAAGACGGUUCAGUUCUCCGACGAGCAACAGAAAUCGGAUAGCGACAAAGAACUGCUACAGGCGUCGACGACGGUGGAGAUCAACGAGGAAAAGAUCGACCGUUUGCUGCAUCUGAUACAUGAAGCGGAUCCGGAAGAUCCGUCCCAGGACACGGAGGAGAUGCUGCAGCUGGAGCAGCUGGUAAACCAGAUGGGUCCGAUGAUCGAUGCCGAGCUGGAGCGCGUUGAUCGAAAGCAUGCGCAAUUAACUCAAUUGAGCAGUGACCUGGUGGAUGCGAUCAACUUGUACCAUAAUUUAAUGCGUGAACCUGACCGUACGUCGUCGAUGAGGGCGGUGUCGAUGGUGGCGAUGGCGAUAGGUAGUGGUGGACUGCAGGGUCCAUAUGGUUUACCACCACCACCACCGGGCGGUCAUUCCUCGGGCCCAGCGUCAAUGGGACCGAUGUAUGGAAUGCCCGGAAUGUUUCCAACUAUGCCGGACGGUGGGAUGUACCCGAUGGGUCCGGGGCAGCAGCCGGUGUCAAUGGAUGGUGGUUCAUCUAUGCAAAGGUACACCACGGGUCAUAAUUAUUAUGAUCCAGCAGCAAUGAACGCAACACCGAUGGCGGACCAUUCUCAGUCGCAUCAAACAAUGCACCAUCCUCAUCCACAUCAUCAUCAUCAUCAACAACAGCAGCAGCAACAACCACCACCACCACCAUCCUCGCAACAGGUACCACUUCCGGUGGUUUCGCAAAAUGGACCCAUAACCAAUGGCAUGGUUCCUCCGCAAGCUAACGCCGCACCUGUAAUGUCAAUGGGACCGGGCGUUACUAGUCAACAAGUGCCGCCGCAGACCACCAACACGACAAACCCGCAGGGAAUGCCACCAAACAUGACCGUACCGCCAAUGGCAUACAAUAAUCCAACAUCUCCACCUCCGACUGGACUUUCCGGACCACAGGCGCAAGCAUUUCGCCAAAUGCGACCCAUGGGCCAACCAGGGCAACCAGGGCAGCAAAUGCCACCAGUAAGCUUUCCGAAUUACGUUCCCCAACAACCGUCGCAUCAACAGUCGCAGCCAGCAGGGGCACAAAUGGGGCAACCGCCACAAGGCGUACAACAGCAUCAACAGGGUCCACCACAACAUCACGUCCCUGUUUCUGCAGGAUCGGCCGCACAGACGACGGCACCAUCAGCUGCUAACAUGAACCAUCAUCAGCAUCAUCAUCAUCCACAGCAGCAGCAGCAGCAGCAGCAGCACCAGUUUCCAAUGAACAUGCCACCGUCACACUUUCCUGCUCCCUCAGUAGCAGCAGCUCCUGUCCAUCAUCUUCAACAGCAGCAACCGCCGACGGUAUUUAUGCCCCAGAUGGGACCAACUUCCAACCCGAUGGGCAACUUUUCCAUGGGACCGAUGAGUAUGUUUCCACCGGGAGCCGGAACUACGGGAACCGCGGGACCUUUAUCGAUAAAUACCAACCAUCCGGGGCCGCAAAACAUUCCCAUCUACCAACAGCAGCGGUAAGGCUGCAGUCUUAAGGCAGGACUGGGAAACGAAAAUGUGCAGAACGUGUCAAAAUUGAAAACACCUUUCCGUCACUCCAGCAACCACAACCACCACCACACCCCGAAAAGGGGGAUGGAUUUUGGAUCGAUGGUUGGGGUACAGUUUUGGCGGGUGAUAAACGUUGUUAGCCAUAGCUUGAAGUAGGGAAAGGAUUGAGAAGGCAGUUUUUUCGGAUUGCUUCGUUGUUUAAUGCAAAAGUGUCAAAUAAGAGCAAACCCCAUUUAGGAGUCCUUUCAAGCAAAGAGAGACGACCAAAAAAAGGUUCGUUCGUCAGUUUCAAACAAAGUAGGUUGUUGUGGUGGAGGAUUUGGUGUUUCCGGUACACAAACGGCUCGUUUAACCUGACGCGCCCAUUUUUGAACUCAUAGGUUAGCUUGGCGAGUGGCGAGAGAAGCAGGAGCGCGGUGGCAAACUGUUUGCUGGCAAUAACAUUACAAUAUAUAUUUUUUGUUUGUUUUAAAUUCAGUGCGGCUAAAUAAGUGGUAUGUUUGGUAUAGGAAGCCUUGUUCUGUGCACGUGUGCACAAGAAGCUGGUAGGUGAUUGAAUGGGAUAUCAUUGACGAAAGAUUAUUAUCAACAUUCACAGAAUCUACAAACGGAUAGCGUAUAACGUAACAAUGAUAGGACAUGUAUUUAUACGAUAUCACGGCAUAGAGCGGAGCUGGCGAGCAUGUCGUCUUGUAUCUCCGAACGUAGUUUUUCUUUUCGAUUUGCAAUAUGUGCAGCGGCAAUUCUGAAGCGUAAGGGAAACUACUGGAUCUACUGCUGCUGCUGGUUAUCUUUUGGAAGCUGUAAAAUAGUUUAGCUAUCUAUCUACCAACCUACCUACACCCUGCGUACAUACAUACACGAAAAAUAAAUAUUCUAAAUUAAUAAAAU